AUGGCUCUCAAAUCUUUCUUGAUUAUUUUCACAUCCCUUUUCAUCAUCAUUACAUUGACAUGCAUACCAAGAACUACAUAUGCUAUACCUUUCGUUGUCUUUCAUGGAAUCUCAGACAAGUGCAGGAAUAAAGGAGUCUCACAAUUUACAGAGCUUCUGAGCAACUGGUCUGGUUCCCAAGGAUACUGCAUUGAAAUCGGAAAUGGUGAAUGGGAUUCGUGGUUUAUGCCGUUCAAAAAACAGACGGCCAUUGCCUGUGAGAAGGUGAAGAAAAUGAGUGAGCUCAAAGAUGGGUACAACAUAAUUGGACUUUCACAGGGCAAUAUGGUUGGCAGGGGAAUCCUAGAAUUCUGUGAUGGAGGACCUCCUGUGAGGAAUUUGAUAUCUCUGGCAGGUCCACAUGCUGGGAUAGCUUCUGUUCCCUUUUGUGGAUCUACUGUGGUAUGCAUUCUUGUUGACUUUUUGCUUGAAUUGGCGGUCUACAGCAACUUCGUCCAGGAACAUUUAGCACCAGCUAAUUACAUCAAAAUUCCCACUGACCUAGAUGACUAUAGAAAAGGAUGCAAGUUUCUCCCUGAACUUAAUAAUGAAAUGCAUAGGAAUUCCACAUACAAGGAACGGUUUUCUAGCUUGCAGAAUUUGGUACUUAUCAUGUUUGAGAAAGAUCAAAUUCUGGUACCAAAAGAGACCUCCUGGUUUGGGUAUUACCCAGAUGGUUCCUGGAGCACUGUUUUGCCUGCACAAGAGACUACCCUCUAUACCGAAGAUUGGAUCGGUGUGAAAUCAUUGGACGAAGCUGGGAAGGUGAAGUUUUUGAAAGCAUCUGGUUAUCAUCUUGAAAUUUCUUAUGGUGAAAUGAAAGAAUACAUACUUCCAUACUUGGUGGAAAAUGGACAAAGGAGAUUACCAGAUUCAUAUCAUGUACGGCCUUUUUCUGGUCUCAAGGAAGCAACUAUAAAGCUACACACUUCAAAUUGA